AAAGUGGGGGUGGCGCAACGAACGCGGGAGCAAUUUUCCGCGGGUAUUUGUUUGACCUGCACCUUGUCACAGUUUUGUUCACAAUCUACAGCUUUGCUAGUUGCAACACACGUCCGAAUCCGAAUGCGCUAUGCCCGACCCGCAUGAGAUGCUCGCAGAGCCGAGUUCCACGUCAAGAGUGCCGACUUCACGAACUGCGCGACCGGGUGCCAAACGAAUGACCUUGAGCUGUGAAAAUUGUCAAAGGCGGAAGACUAAGUGCGAUGCUCGGCAGCCCGCCUGCGCUAAUUGUGAAGCCUUGGGUGUACAAUGCUCCACGCGGAAACCUACACGCAAGCGUGGUCGACAUGCGAAAACCAAUGAUGAUACCUGGAGUACGCCUAACGAACCACAGCAGAUUUCGACUCCCCUUCGCUCCCACGAAGUGUCGCUCAUCCCUGUGAUUGCUGCAUCGAAUGAGGCAGGUCCUUUUGACUUGCAUUCUCACGGCAGAGACGGAUCCGUAAGUAACGAACAGGGGGAAAUGCUCGACCCUUCACCUGCUGCACAUCCGUUUCAGUCAUAUGAUAUUUUGUCCGCAACACCUCAGCCUGACUGGACCAUCUGGAACGACAUCACGCCGGGAGCUGUAAUUAGCCCUUCACCGUCUUUCGCUCAGAACAUUGGUGUGAAGCCGCUGUUCGAAGCAUUGUCGCACGGACUCAACGCAGCUGGCAUUGGAGUUGAUCACGUUGGAUAUAUAGCUUCUUGCAUCGAGUUAUUCUUUGGCAAGAUUUAUCCCACGUACCCUGUUGUAUAUCGACCUAGACUUGCAGAAGCGAUUGAACAACUUGGACUCGGCGUUUUCGAUCUUGACCACAAGACCUUCGCGCUUCUUACUGCCACAUGCUCAUACACGCUCGCUGUUCUACCGGUCACAACAUCCUCAAACACUUGGCCAGCGGCUACAGUCUUUUAUCGAUCUUCGCGUGCUGCACUUGCUCAGUACACUGAAGAGGACAUUGAGAAUCCCGAUCAUACAUCGCUCGUAAUUCGAAUGUUCCAGUCAGGAUGGGCACAUGUGGCUGGCAAGCGAAGGACCUCAUGGAACAUGUUAGGUGAGUGUAUUCGUCUGGCUCAAGCGAUGCGACUGCACGACGAGAGCACAUAUACACGGAUGUCACACUUGGAAGGACAGAUGUGUCGUCGCGCUUUCUGGACUCUCUACACAGGUGAUAAGUCGUCUGCAGUGCUCGGUGGACAUCCAGUAUGUCUGAAAGAAACCAUCUUUCGUGAUGUUGAAACCGUGGGAUAUCCAGUACCUCUAGGCGAUCAGGACGCGAUCUACAUCACCCUCGAUGCAGGAAAUAUCCAAGAACUAAACAUACUGACCGGUUUCAACGCGAACCAAGAUCUUUGGCGGACUGCCGAACGUUUGCUCGAUUUUGAUCAUUCUUGCUUGGAUACGGUAGCCAUUGAUCAGGCACAGGCGAAUAGAUCACAAACAUUGUUAGAUGCUCUUCUUUCAGACUUCUACGCUUGUCUUGACAACUUGCCCACUUGUCUGUCCUUCUAUCCCGACGUCUCUCCGAUCAUGGGCAAGUUCGCGUUCCAAGCAGAGACUGACAGACUCCAAAUUCCCGAGGCCAUGGCGAUUCAGCGCACAAACCUACAGGUCUCGCACCUUUGUUUGAAAUUGCUGGUCAUUCGACGCCUAUACGAACCAAGGCCUACGCUUGGCUUCAGGCACGAUGAGAGAUGCAAGACUCCGAGUCUCCACAUUGCCGAUUCUCUCGGUAUCGCCAGGGACCUGCUAUAUGUUAUACACACUUCAAGCAUCGAGCUGAUCAGACUGAAUGGAGAAGCCUGUGUGGAAAAGAUCCGGCUCAUCGGCGCCUCAGUCUUAGAGCUAAUCGCGAACAAUCCCGACAUACCAACGCACAGCGUUUUGAGGCAGUAUCAAGAGCUGUUCCCACAUAUCUUGGCUUUGCUGGACAGCAAAGCUUCAGAGGCCGCGGAUGGGUAGCUGGAAACGAUCCAGCCGAUUAGUUUGCAAUUUUCCGACGCUCAUCACGAACGGGCCUUGACCCAAUCGAGCGUUGCGAGCAUCUUCCGCCGCCUCACACUAUUUUCCGGAUCCGCGGCUCGUCGCUUGGAAGCUCUGCAACUCUAAUUGCACAGGGCAGGAAAGCCUGUUUCUGUGAUUAUUUU